UUGAGAAUUUUCAGAUUGUUUUGGUGCAAGUUAAUAGAACAAUUUCCGCGUAGAAGAAGAAGCAGCUUAUUGAUUAAGAAAGUCUCCAAAUUUACGUACUUCCAACGGUCAAACAUCCCUAUCUAUCUGUCUGUCUGUCUAUAUCUUCACAAUCCUCCGUCUGUCUUCAUCCAACUUCUUUUUUCUCCGCCAAGACUCGUACAGGUUUCGAAGCUCAAGUCAGAGCAACAAUAAGCUAGCGUUUUACGCGUUUCACGUACCUAAUCUCUAGGGCUUAUACGUUACGACUCCAUUUUUUCAUUUUCUUUUUCGCUGAUCAGACACUCAGACAGAAGGUACUCCUAAAUCUCUCUUCGGGCUGUUUUUGAUUGUAAAUCUGUUGAAUUUGGAGUAGCUUUCGGAAUCAGAUCUAACUAAACUUUCCUUCCAUCGAUUUUGAGAACAACUAUUUCAGUUCAAAUUCUUCACCCUUUUUGCAUUGAAAAGAAAAAGACGCCCGUAUCAAAUUGUGAAGUUAAGUGAUUGAUUGAUAGGGAUAGAUAUAGGAUAGGGAAAUUGAACAUCCAUGGAUAACUACAAUUCUUCAUCUUCAUACCCAUAUAAUAACCAUGGUUAUGGUGGAUACCCUCCUGCUCCAUACUCACCAUCUCCAUAUCCUCCCUCCCCAAAUCAUCCCUACCCACCUGCCAAUUCUCCUUCUCCUUACUUGUCAUCUCCAUAUCCUCCUCCCACAAAUCAACCUUAUCCACCAACUUAUAGUCCUGCUCCAUACCCUUAUUACCAGAAUACCAUACAUACUGGCCCUACAAGCUAUGGAUACCCAGCACCAGCACCAGCUCCUCUUCCAAAUCCACAUUCAGUCUCACACCCAUCAGAGUAUACCUAUUCUUCUCCAUCGCAUUCCGAUCAAUAUCCCAAUCCAUCAGUUUAUACUGGGAUUCAGGCCUCCUCCUCCCCUUCUGCACCCCCAUUUUAUCAGCAACAAGGCAGCUUCCAUCUUUUAACGCCAAACCAUCAUACUCAACCUUCCAUUUCUUCACCCAUGUCAUCGCAAAGCAGUUUUAAUAACCAUUCUAUGUCAAGUAGCUUCCAUAUGCACCAUAGAGAAGAUAGUGCAUCAUCUCUGGAAUAUGGGCACUAUCGCCAAGAUAGCGCAUCAUCAGUUUUAGGUGAACAACAUCAUAUGGGUGCUGAUACUGCUAGUCAUAUUUCCCACAAUAGACCUUCACUUUAUCCACAAAUAGAUGACUUUAGUAAGUUACAUAUAGCAGAAGCAGCAGCAAGUGCUCCAUUACUGCAAAGUACAAGUUCAAGGUAUGAAACCCCACCUUUGAAUUCUUGGGAGGCAGGCCACUCUGGUCCAGUCCCUCAUCCCUCUGUUUAUCCAGCGUUAACCCAUUCAAACACAUUUCCUGAUUCAUCACAUGGCCAGAAUAUGCAAAUUGUGCCAGUUGGUCAGUGUUCCUCAAGAAUCCUACUCUUACAUGGCUACCUAGAUAUUUGGGUGUUUGAGGCCAAAAAUCUUCCAAAUAUGGACAUGUUUCACAAAACUUUAGGUGACAUUUUCAACAAAUUACCUGUUAAUAUCAGCAACAAAAUUGAAGGGAAAGUGUCUCAUACAAUCACGAGUGAUCCAUAUGUCUCUAUUACAAUAACAAGUGCUGUGAUUGGUAGAACUUUUGUGAUCAGCAACAGUGAAAAUCCGGUUUGGAAGCAACACUUCUACGUUCCUGUAGCUCAUAAUGCUUCGGACGUGCAGUUCAUUGUGAAGGAUAGUGAUGUUGUCGGGUCUCAGCUUAUAGGAGUCGUAUCAAUUCCCAUAGAGAAGAUAGUUUCUGGAAACAAAAUUGAAGGAAGUUUUCCGAUUCUUAACAAUAGUGGAAAACCUUGCAAACCGGGAGCUUCUUUGAGUAUCUCCAUCCAAUAUGCACCACUCGAGCGAUUAAAAAUUCAUCAUCUUGGAGUUGGACCAGGUCCUUACUCAGGCGUUGCUGGCACGUAUUUUCCUCUCAGAAAAGGCGGAAAGGUCACUUUAUAUCAAGAUGCUCAUGUUCCUGAUGGUUGCCUACCGCUACUGAAACUUGGAAAUGGAAUGCAAUAUGUACACGGGAAGUGCUGGCAUGACAUCUUUAUUGCUAUAAGUCAGGCCAAAAGGUUGAUCUAUAUCACUGGUUGGUCCAUAUGGCACAAAGUUAAGCUGGUUCGAGAUGGCAGUGAUGUAUCCAAAUACACUUUGGGUGAUAUUCUAAGGAGGAAAUCCCAGGAAGGAGUUAGAGUGCUGCUUCUUAUUUGGGAUGACCCCACUUCGAGGAGCAUACUGGGAUACAAAACAGAUGGGGUAAUGGCAACACAUGAUGAAGAAACACGCCGGUUUUUCAAGGACUCUUCAGUUAAAGUACUGCUUUGUCCACGCAUAGCUGGGAAGAGGCACAGCUGGGUGAAGCAGCAGGAAGUUGGAACAAUCUACACUCAUCACCAGAAAACAGUGAUUGUUGAUACUGACGCUGAUAAUUAUAGAAGAAGAAUAAUGGCUUUUGUUGGGGGACUUGAUUUAUGUGAUGGUCGAUAUGAUACACCCCACCAUCCUAUAUUUAGUUCUCUGCAGACAGUGCAUAAGGAUGAUUAUCAUAAUCCUACCUACUCGGGGAGUGUAAUUGGAUGUCCAAGAGAACCAUGGCAUGACUUGCACAGCAAAAUUGAUGGUCCAGCAGCUUAUGAUGUUCUGACAAACUUUGAGCAACGCUGGUUAAAGGCUUCUACACCUCGUGGUUUAAAAAAAUUGAAAAAGUCUGAAGAUGAUGCUUUACUCAAAAUUGAAAGAAUGCCUGAGAUUUUGGGGGUAUUAGAAGCUCCAUGCUUAGCUGAGGACCAUCCAGAAAGUUGGCAUGUUCAGAUAUUUCGUUCCAUUGAUUCAAACUCUGUUAAAGGUUUCCCCAAGGAUCCCAAAGAUGCUACUAAUCAGAACUUGGUAUGUGGGAAGAAUGUCCUCAUUGAUAUGAGCAUACAUACAGCAUAUGUAAAGGCUAUUCGUUCAGCACAACGAUUCAUCUAUAUUGAGAACCAAUAUUUCUUAGGGUCUUCGUACAACUGGAAUUCAAACAAAGAAUUAGGCGCAAACAACCUGAUUCCCAUGGAAAUUGCUUUAAAGAUUGCUGAGAAAAUUAGAGAAAAUCAAAGGUUUGCAGUUUAUAUCAUUGUUCCCAUGUGGCCAGAAGGCAAUCCUAAUGGUGCUGCCACACAAAGAAUUCUAUUUUGGCAGCAUAAGACAAUGCAAAUGAUGUAUGAGAUCAUUUACAAAGCUUUAUUAGAAGCUGGCCUUGAGGAUGUCCAUGAUCCGCAAGACUUUUUGAACUUCUUCUGCCUCGGAAACCGUGAAGCAGCUGAUAGCAGUUAUACACCUCCUAUCAUCGAUAACCCUAAUGCAGCAAAUAAUACUCCACAGGCACUCAGCCAGAAGAGCCGGAGGUUUAUGAUCUAUGUCCACUCAAAAGGAAUGAUAGUGGAUGAUGAAUAUGUAAUAAUUGGAUCAGCGAACAUCAAUCAACGAUCCAUGGAAGGCACUAGAGAUACAGAAAUUGCAAUGGGUGCCUACCAACCUCAACACACCUCGGCAAAAGAACCUCCUUCCCCUCGAGGACAGGUAUAUGGAUAUAGGAUGUCACUGAUGGCGGAGCAUCUGGGAUUGGUGGAGGAUUGCUUUGCAGAACCGGAGAGUGUAAAAUGCGUUCACAGGAUCAGGCAACUUAGCGAGAUGAACUGGAGACAGUUUUCAGACGAGAGAGUGACAGAGAUGAGGGGACACCUCAUGAAAUACCCAGUCGAAGUGAGUAGAAGUGGCAAGGUCACUUCCCUUCCCGGCCAUGAAAACUUUCCAGACGUGGGAGGAAAAAUCAUUGGAUCCUUUCUAGCCAUUCAAGAAAACUUAACUAUAUAAUCACUCACACCUCAAAACCUGCAAAUAAAUUUAAACUUCUCCUAUUUUCUUUUUCUUUUAUUUUCUCCCUUAUGGUUUCUGAUGAGUUUGUCCGCUUAACCAUAUUUGUUUUAUUGUUUCAUAUCUUUUGUAAUUGUUCCUGUCAAUAUUUUUGAGUAUAUACACUGUUUGAUAGGAGGAGGAUAAAAUAGCAGUUAUACAUCAACUUUGGUGUUUGUGCAUACACUGUCAUAUUGUUUAUGAUAAAAUUAUGUUUU